AUGAGAUCUCCGGCGCGGAAUCUCACUCCCGCCCCGGAUUCUCAACCUCCACCGAAUCUCACAGAGUGGGUCGUGGCUUCUGCCUCUGUUGCCCGCCGACCUCCGCGUCAGACCACCGCCAUGAAUCCUCUCACGUUGACUGUCGACUGGGAACGGCUGUGUUACCUUUCCCAACACUGCAUCAGGUCGCCGGGAAGAAUUUUCUGGUCACUAGCAAGUAUUUAUUCGCCGGUAGCAACAGCGCGCAAUACAUAA